GUGUCGGAUUUCAAUCAUUUCGAAUUUUCCCACACUUUCUCGACGAAGAUCAAGGGAAGAUGGAGAAUCUCCCACCCAAUAGAGGAAUGUGGAAUCAAGAGUAUAGUCAUGGUCGGAUUUCUCAAAGCUUCAGGUCCACCAAGCCGCUCUUUGACCGGAAAAGGCCAUUAGAGAACGCACCUAAUUCCUCCAAUCAGAGGACGAAGGAAUCAUCAAUGGGUACUGAAUCCCUUGCUCACCAUACAAACUUCAAUAGAACUCCUCUUAUGGAGUUAUCUACAAAUACACCAUACAAACGCCUAAAACCGGCGUUUGAGUCAUAUGCUGAUGGUAAUCCUUGUGGCUUGACCACUCCUCCUAGGUUUGAUCUGGAUAAGGAGAUCAUUAAUGAAUUUCAGACCGAGAUUUCAGGGGACAAUGGAUUUUCAUCAGAAGCAUUUGUUACUCCCUUGAAAGAGCCAGAAAGAGUUACACUAAGCUACGGUUGCUCUACUUCUUCUUCACUUCUUGAUGAUGACAUUGAUGAUUCCAUUUUAGAAGAGAUUGACUUAAUAUGUGAACAGUCGGCGAGAAAAACAGCAUGUCAAACUCCAAGUACCAGCAUAAAUCAGACUCCGUCUAAAGAUAACAUGAGCAGUGACCUCAAAGCCGGCUUAGAUGCUAUGGCUGUUAAAAAGUUUGAGCAAGACUCUAAUGUCAAAUUGAAGCUCGAUGAAGAGACUACCAUUGCUGCUGAUCCUGCACUUCUCAAUUCCAUGCCUGAUGAGUGUUCCAAAUAUAUCAUGUCCUUAAAUGAUAGACAGCGUGAUGCAGCUUGUAGUAAUAUUUCAACUCCUUUGAUGGUUAUUGCUGGUCCUGGAAGUGGAAAGACUUCCACCAUGGUUGGCCGCGUCUUAGUGCUACUAAAUGAGGGUCUAAAUCCAUCGAAUAUCCUUGCAAUGACUUUCACUACAGCAGCAACUUCUGAAAUGAGGGAACGCAUAGGAAAAUCUGCUGGAAAGAAAGCAGCGAAAGACAUAACAAUUAGUACAUUCCAUUCAUUUUCCUUGCAACUUUGUCGGAUGCAUGCAGACAAGUUACAACGUACAUCUGAAUUCUCAGUGUAUGGGCAUGGGCAACAAAGAAGAGCGAUAAUAGAAGCAGUGCGUUUAUAUGAGGAGGAAAAGAAGAAUGGAAGCAAAACUUCUGGUGCAUGCGAGUCUGGAGAAGUUCUAAAUGGUGCAGGAGCAGGAGCAGUAUGUCCUGAAUAUGCCAAGGAUCUAUCAAAAAAAUGGCAGAAAUUUGUGACCCAGGGAAAAGCUUCCGGUAAAACUCCAGAGCAGUGCCGUAAGAUGGGAAAUGAGAUAGGAGCUAAAAUUCUUGGAAACUACAACGAUAUCCUAAAAGCUUGUAAUGCUUUGGACUAUCAUGAUUUGAUCAGUUGUUCGGUCACACUCCUCUCUGACUUUCCUGAAGUAUUCAAGGAAUGCCAAGAUACCUGGAAAGCCAUCAUAGUUGAUGAAUUCCAAGACACUAGCACAAUGCAGUACAAGCUUUUACGAAUGCUAGGCUCUCAUAAUCACAUAACUAUUGUUGGUGAUGAUGAUCAGUCCAUUUUCGGUUUUAACGGGGCGGACAGUUCAGGAUUUGAUUCAUUUCGCCGAGAUUUCCCAAACUACAAAGAGAUUACCGUCAAGGAAUGCCAUAAUGAGGAAGCACAGUGUGCAUUUGUCAUUGACAAAAUAAUUGAAAUCACUAAUGAUGGCUCAACACCUUGUUGUUCCCAUGGGGAUAUUGCUAUUCUUUAUAGGAGGCAGGUGUCAGGUAAAGUCUUCCAAAAUUCAUUCCGCCAGAGAAAAAUACCAUUUAACGUUCAUGGUGUUGCUUUCUACAGGAAAAAGGUUGUCCAAAUCAUUUUGGCCAUGCUGAAGACAACAUUUUCCGAAUGUGAUGAUGCUUCUUAUAGGCGAGUGUUCAAGGCAUUACUUCCUUUUGAGAAAGAGGAAAAGAAAAGGGUUAUAGAACAUAUUGAAAAAAUCUCCACUAGUAGGAAAUGCAGCUUCAUUUCAGCGGCGAGUGAUAUCUUCAGUGCCAAGAUUUCUGGUACCUUCAAGAGGAGCCAGCUUACCCAGGGACGCAAAGUUUUGCAAACACUUGACAUGGUAGCAAAGCUGGUUGAUAGGGAACAAUCACUUUCAGCUGUAGUAACAUGUGUGGCAAAUAUGAUACCGCAGAAAUACCUUCUUGAGCAACGAGCAGUUGUGGAUAAUGAUGGAGGGAAACUGCUUAAUGAAGACAACGAUCUUAGAUCUGUACUCCAGUACUUAAUGGAUGAUGUAGCUGAGUUUCUUUCCACUCAUUGCACUACAAAUGAAGAAGAAGUGGAUGCAAUCAAAGAAAAGAAAGGCUGCAAUCAACUUAAUUCAUUUAUCAACUAUAUCUCCGAGCGGGAAACUGAAAAUUUUCGUUCAAGAAGAAAGGACAAUGAAAAUUCGGUCACAUUGACCACCAUUCAUCAGUCUAAAGGUUUGGAGUGGGACAUAGUUUUCAUAGUCAAGGCUAAUGAAAAUGAAAUUCCCCUAUUACAUGAGUCUAACGGCAAUGCAUCAGAGUGUGGAACAUCACUUGAGGAGGAACGUCGUCUUCUGUAUGUUGCUAUGACUCGUGCUCGCAAGAAACUAUUUUUUUUGUAUGUGACAGUGGAUUCGAACUGGCAGGUGCUCCAACCCUCACGAUUUCUUAAAGAGAUUCCAGGCCAUCUUCUACAGGGAGACAUGAGCGUAAAUGACUUCAGAAAAUUUCAUGAAAAUCUUCCAAACAAAACUGAGCAGAGCGUCUCCAGUUUUGGAACAGAUAUAAAACAUGAGGAAAGUAAACUAACGGACAAUGAUGUGAUGAACAUUCCAGUAGAUGAUGCCUCCGAGGAGUCAAUAGCGGCAUAUGCACUCAAUGGAAACAACUUCCUUAAGAGGUUUGAUGUGGAGGUUAGGUCAGUUGUCUCUCACUUAUUUCACAACUGGGCUAAGAAACAAGCAUUCCAAGAACCAAAGAGGCUGAUUGACAAAGUAGGGUUUGUGAUUGGUGAACGUUUGGCCAUCAAGAAGAACAAACACAAGGAUGUCUUACGAGCACUCAAAUCAUCAUUGACUUCCGAGGAAGCGUUCCAAUAUGCAGAACAUGUACUUAGGUGGGAACAACUUCCUGCAGACACACGGGCUCAAAUAGUGCGCGAGAAACAGGAACAUUUCCAAAAACUGAGAAUUGAAAACUCAAUGGGCACUUCGGAAGCCACGAGUAAACAGAUCGCAUUUCUGCAUAGUCUAGGAUGCACAGUGGUCCCAACAUCACGUCUCCAUGCGUCACGUUUGAUUGAACAGUACAAAUCACUCUGAAUGUGUAGACGUGUUUUUGAGGAAAAAAAAAAAAAUUGUGUAGACGUGUUUAUAUAUGUAGUGUCAAUACGUUCAUAUGUCUCAAACAAAGAAGCCUGGAAACGAGCUCGAUUUCCUAAUGGCAAUUGUAAAAGUGAAUAUUGUAGAAUGAAAUCCAUGGAAACUG